AUGGUCGAUGGGAGGGCCUGUUUCGCGUUGACAUCUCCGAAUUCGACGGAGAGCAAGUUGACGGGCCAUUGUACGAUGGUCCGCCUGUGUUUGAUGAAGGACCCGAGGAGGUGGAGGAGCCUCUUACUGGCAAAGUGGACGUUUCAUGAAGGGAAGUGUGAGGUUGCUAUUGUUGACGAUGAUGCACUUUCCAAAUCGAUUCUCGGAAACAAAAAAUGUUAUUUAUUGGAUUGUGGUUCCGAAGUAUUUGUUUGGGUUGGCCGGAUCACAGUGCCGUUCAACCUUCGUGUUCGACCAGAAAAAACGACGGGGGUUUCCUACUAUCGUUCGACACCACACGCCGGUCACGGGCGCGCAUCGGCUUCGAGGGCGAAGCCUUCCGAACCGGGGGAGAAUGAUGGCUUUCGUGGUUGUGGUGGUGUGAUGGCUAAGAUCAGGCUAAUGGUGGUGGUUGUGAUUCACGAUGGCGAGUUUUUGGUUAUGAGGUGGAGGACUUGGAAGACAGAGCUCGAGGAGGACAAAGGAGGGCCUAGGUGGCAGAGACCCUCGAAAAGGAUUUCGAAUGCGGUUGGGAUGACGGGACGUCGAAACAUGGCUAUUGGAGAAGAAAGAAAAAAAAAAACAAAUAAUUAA